AAAAUGUUAGAGGGUUAGGCGACAAUGGUUGCUGCUUUCUUUUUGUUAAUACUGUAUUUUGUGUACAAUCUACAGCCACUCUAAAUCUCACGUUUCCAAAUCAGCUUAUAUCGUACAUAAUGAAAAAAACCUACAGAAUAGGAUUAGGAAAUACAUUAGCCAUCGGCUUUAUCGCAGGUGCUGUUGGUGUAGGCGUAAUGACAUUCUCUGAAAAAAUAGAACAAUUCUUCACAGGCAGACCCAACUCUUACGUCCCUGCUCAUACAUUGGAACGCAUUUUACGCUUACCUUAUAGGCCAGAUUCAGAGAGAGUGUGUCUGAAUCUUGGUAUGCAUUAUGGUCAAGGCGCUGCUGCUGGUUGUAUAAGAGCUCUUAUGGCAACAUAUGGCGUGAUAGGUCCAUUCUCUUCCUUCAUUUUCACAUUCAUUCGCUUAGCAAUUGACCAAACAUUGGAGAAUGCCACUGGCGUCGGUGCUCCACCUUGGACGUGGCCUUUUAAAGAGCAAGUGAUUGAUAUUUUGCACAAGUUUGUUUAUGCCUUCACUACAGGAGCUAUUGCUGACUAUAUAAUUACUAAAAAGUUUAUCAAAUACGAUUAAUAAAGUACUGUUACAAAAUUUAUUCCAAAC